AUGCGUUUCCUCUCGUCCCUGCUUCUGGGCGUCUCGGCCGUCUCGGCUGCCGUCACUGCCCGCCACUCAGCUCCGGCCACAGUGCCGACAGUGACGGUCAAGAACGGCUCGUACUACGGGCUCAGCCUACCGCACUACAGCCAGGAGCUCUUUUUGGGCGUGCCGUUUGCGCAGCCGCCCGUCGGCGAUCUGCGCUUUCGCGUGCCCCAGCCGCUUAACAGCACGUGGACCGGCACCCGCAACGCCACCGCGUAUGGGCCCAGCUGCAUCGGCUACGGCAGCGAUGACUGGGUUCUGGGCAACGUCCUGUCAGAGGACUGUCUGACGCUGAACGUGGUGCGGCCGCGCGCAACCACAGCGACAAGAGCAGAAGAGCUGCUGCCGGUCGCGCUCUGGAUCUAUGGCGGCGCCUUUGCCGAGGGCGGCAGCCGGGACCCGCGCUACAACCUGACCUUUAUCGUGCAGCAGUCGGUCGAGCUGGGCGCGCCCAUGCUGGCGGUCAGCAUCAACUACCGCGUCGCCCAAUGGGGCUUUAUGUACGGCCGCGAGCUUGCUGCCGAGGGCUCCAACAACAUGGGUCUCCGCGAUCAGCGCCAGGCGCUGCGCUGGGUCCAGGAGAACAUCGCGGCCUUUGGUGGCGAUCCGGCUCGCGUGACCAUCUGGGGUGAAAGUGCCGGGGCCGACAGCGUCGGCAUCCAGCUGAUUGCCUACGGCGGCCGCGAUGACGGUCUGUUCCGCGGUGCCAUCGGCGAGUCCGGCCUCCCUGUCGGCUGGUCGCCUCGGCCAACCACCUCCGACUGGCAGUCGGCCUACGACGCCUACAUAAAUGCUACCGGCUGCAGCGCUGCUGUCGACUCGCUCGCCUGUCUGCGUGCUGUCCCUGCUGCCACCCUGUCGGCCGUCUUCAACAGCACUAUCUCUAGGCCGGCCUUUGAGCCCGUUACCGACGGCGACUUUCUCACACAGUCCGGCACUACGGCCUUGCGUCGUGGAGACUUCGUCAAGGUGCCCUACCUCGUUGGUGCCAACUUUGACGAGGGCGGCUCGCUCGCUACUCGCGGCAUCAACUCUACUAACGACUUCCUCGCCCUUGUCCGUACAAAGGGCCCCGACAACGCCACCGCCCUUACCAUCGCCGCCCUCUAUCCUGAUAUUCCCGCCAUCGGAAUCCCCGCUACACUGCAUGGCCGCCCGCCUGCCAGCGAUCUCGCCACCUACGGCUACCAGUGGAAGCGCAGCGCUGCCUACGCUGGCGACCUGCUCCUCCAUGCCAGCCGCCGUCUCACUAGCCAGAGCUGGGCCCAGAACAACGCUAGCCUCUGGUCCUAUCACUUCAACGUGCUCGUCAACGGCGUCAGCCCCCUGCAGGGUUCCGUUCACUUCCAGGAGGUCGUCUUCGUCUUUGCCAACACCCAGGGCCUCGGCUACGAAAACGUCAACUCCGUCAACCCCUUUGCCGGCAAGCCGCAGUCCUACUUUGACCUGGCUCGGACCAUGUCGCGCAUGUGGGUCAGCUUCGUGACUCACCAGGAUCCGAAUGCUUUGAAAGUAGAGUCCACAACUUCUUCUCCCCUCUUCGCCUACAAAAUACCAGAUGUUGCACCGGAAACACCACUCACGACAGGGUCGAGCACGUCGGUCUCGGCGUCGCCCGCAACUUCGCCGACCCCUUUCAGUAAGCCGCCGGUAGCAGACUCGGCUGUGCCUACAACCGAGCCUACAACCCCGGUCAGACCACCGAGCAACGGCGAGAGGACAUCGCCGCCGGAGGUUGCAGCAGCCGUGGUGGUCGCUGGCGCGGCAGUCGUUGCAUCGGCCCGCUUUUCAAUAGGGUGA